CACACAAAGCUGCUGUUCACAGUUUAGGACUACCUGAAAAUGCACUUCUUGAAAUCAGAUUUGGAUGGGGUGGAGGGUGGGGGGAACGUGGAUUUACACAGCCACUGCCUUGUGUUUUCCCAGCUUUUGUCCAGUGGAAACUGAGUCUCCAGAAGAAGCUGGCGCCUCGCAGGUCGGCCCAGUAAAGGGACGGGUGUGCCUGUUUAGCCUUCAUCUCCCAGCGGUGCCAGAUGCUGCUUGCUGCCGGUGGCGUACGAGGCGGGAUCCGCCUUGGGAGAGAAUGUUUCAGACGCCUUGGCGGGCAGAUCGGGCGGAAAAGGGAACCCUCCCCCUCCUUGCCAUCAGUCACCCUCAUCAGGACCCGGAUCCUCCCCUCCCACUCUCGUUCAUGGCUCUCGACUGGUCCCUGAGAUUCCUAGCUCGGUGCAGACUCUGCACCGCGACCACCCCGAGUGCUACGGGUCGCCAAACAGCCAGUAGGUGCGGGGUAGCAUGGAAGAGGGGAGAGACCAGGAAAAAUGCCCGGCCAGGCAGGGCGCCCCACUACCCAAUUCCACGCCGUUCCACUAGGUAUUCAAACGCCUACCCCGGAGCUUUGCAUCAUCAGGUCAUGAUUUUACCGCCUGCGCAUGGGCCGAGGGCCUGCGGGGAUCCGAAAGGCAGGGGAAAGUUUGCAGGGCUUUUAAAGUGAUCUCCAGGAGUUCCUGCUUAAGUCGUCGGGGUGCCGCCCACAGUCUCCCGCGGCGGCUCCCAUCCCCGGCACUCGAGGCCCUCCAGGGCAAUCUGCCAGAGUCCCAGGUGCCCUUUGGUCCCCAAACUCUCAGGGUCACGCUCCCAGAAGCGCGGUGGGACUCAGCGGAGCUCUGGUGUGACAGAGUUCAUUAAGAAGCCUCGAGCCCACUACAAAGCACUCGGAGUAGUUUCGAGGGCAGGAGCCACAGUCGCGCAGGAGGCAUCUCUUCACACCCUUCAGAGCACAGCCCUGGUCGCCGGGUCUCCAGAGACAAAGUCAGCGAUCCCUUAGACUUGACUUUCAGGUGGGGGUGGGCAGGACGUAGGAGGCUACCACAGGCAUCGAACAGCCCCCAAGUGCUCUGGGCUCCGGGCAGGGUCCUGUCCGCCCCUGCACUGGGCCCAGGCACCACCCACCGUGGGACCCAGGGGUAGCUGCAUCCUGUCUGAAGUUCCGCGCAGCGGCCCCGGGAUUUUCUCUAGGGGCGCGGGGCACGUCCCACGCCAAGAUAGCAGCAAAUCUUCAGCCCUCAGCCCGCACGACUGGGUGGGUGGGGGCGCUGCAUGCCGCAAUGAACUAGGAUCGCCAGGUCUGCGCGCCGCUUGGGAGACGGCGCGCGGGAGGUGACGGGUAGGGCUUGUGCUUUUCCUUUGCUGAUUCUUUUGACUUCCUACGAAGUUUCCUGAUAGGCGCCUCUGCCCCAAGGUCGGAGCCUCCCACCAGCGCUCCUUCCCCUCCCUCCUCACAGCCCGGGGAGCCGAACCAGUCGGAGUCUCUGCCCGGCCUGGCGGCGCGCUGGUCCCCGAGGCUGGGACCACGCCGCGCCACACUGCCCACCCUCCCCCUGACCUCCGCGCUGGGCGCCUCUCCCCGGGGCGAAACUCGCCGGCCCCGCUCACUGCAAGGAGACACCCGCUGCCUCCCGAGGAACUCCUAAUACCAUCCAUACAGCUUUAAUGCGUUUAUAAUUCGAUAAGUGAUUUCAAUUUGAAAUUGUUAGUAACUAAUUUUAUGGGUAAUUUUUCCACAUCAAAUAUUUAAGCAUCAGAUUAAGGGAGCCAGUUCCGACACAGGAUAAUAAGGGGGUUUCCCCCCACCCCCCACGCCUCCGCCUCCGCCUCCGCCUCCCACCGUUUCCUACCGAGUCGUUUUCCCGAAUCCCCAAAAGGUGGCAGUCGAAGCCGACUUUCCUCUUUUCCUGUGGCUCU